AGACCACCUGUGGUAUCCCAGAGAUGAAUGAGUCCUACUUCAAACAAUGGCUGAGGCUUAUCUAGCCUCUGUCCCACCAGAAACCAGUCAGUUCCAGGAAGAGUUUUCCAACCUUGCCUGAACCCUCCCAGUCCAAUAACAGCAUAGCACCUGGCAGGUAGUGAGCACUACAAACAUUUGGCCGAUGAAAUUCUCACCCUCUGCAUCUCUGACAGUUCUCCCAAAUCCUUGCCCUCUUCCCCACUCUCCAAACCUCCACAGAGGCCACAACUGCACCAUCUCUGUUGCUAUUCUCAUCACUGGGUCACCAUCCACCAUGCAUUUCCCUCUACCCUCUCCCUACCCCAGGACCCAGCCUACCUUGACGCCCAACUUGCUGGCUGGUCCUACUGUGGCUUCUCGUGAAGCUUGCAAGGAUGGAAAGCCCAUGUGAGUGCCUAAAAAGAGGGAGAACUUAGAAAGAAGGAGCAGCAGAGUUCUUGGUCCAGAACAGGCUAGCAGGGAAGAGAAAGCCGUCUGAAAUAUACCUUAAUGUAUCUGUGGGUAUAUGUGUAUAUGUGUGUGUGUGUACACACAUAUAUGGACAUCUAAGUUUAUGAGGCAUCUUUGCAUGAAUAUGUAUUGAUAUAUUUUCAUUUAUUGGCUUAAUGGAUUUUUUUCUGCUGUCCUGACAUGCCUUUGCCUUCAUCAGCAUGCCUUUGGUUACAAAAUCUGGGGUUUGGGAAUCCGAUCUGCAAAGAGGGAGUAUGAACAGCCCUGGGAGGGCAUGUCCCAAUUCCCCACCCCUCAACCCUCAGCACCAGAGGCAUUGACGUAGAGGCAGGACAGGCACUGAAGGUUGUUGAGGCAGUUGUGACAUCCUAUGAGAAGUGGAACUAGAUGACUGUUGAGGUUCGUUUAAUUCCAGUGAAUCUAAAUCUAGACUGCUUUGUAUAGUAACCAGGACAUGGUUAAGUGAUGGUCGAACGUGUGAUGUCGUGGGCCAUGGAGCUUCAGUGCUUAUGAGAAUGACCUCUGGUCAGAUGCACCUGGGUUGAGGCACAGCUGCAUAAGUUAAUAAUUGUGUGCUCUGGACAUAUCUCCUAACCUUUCUGUGCCUCAGUUUCUUCAUCUGUAAAAUGAGGAUGGCAAUAGUACCUAUUAAGGUUGUGGUGAGAAUCAAUGAGAUAACACAUAUGAUGAGAUAACACAGGUGAUAAGGGCUCAGUCAGUGUUGCUGGUGGUUGUUAGGCUGUUAUUCUUGUUGAGGAUGCAGUUUGAAACACCUGGAUCCUCAGAGGAACCACCUGGCUCUGUGGAGUCAGCCUUAACUGUCUUCCCCAGCUCCCAUCCUUGCUUCUGACUUAAAAUUCCACUAAUGGGGGGAAGAGCUCAUGCCCUCAAAAUGCCAUCCCAUAGCCAGUUCAGCUGGACACCAAGAGAACCUAGCCAGGCUGCACUCCACCCUGACAGCUUUGGCUCCAGCCAGGGUCCACCCAGCUGGACACUUGGAAGGGACAGACCAUUCAAUCCCAAGUUCUGAGGCAUCGCUGCUUCCCAGGCCAGCCAGUGACAUCCUCCUUUAUCCCCUAAACAACAGGAGUCAGAGAUAUUUUUAUGUGGUGCCAUCCAGGGAGGAUGAGGAUUCUGAUGGGCAGUGGCUCUGCAGCCUGCUUUUGGGUUGUGCACAUGAAACUUAUGCAAAUGAAGCAGCCACUUCUGCUCUUACUCCCUCUAACCAGCUUCCUUCUGGGAAAGAAGGGCCAGGCUCACUCUUCAGUUGUGCUUCCGGACCAGAUGCAGUGGUUCACACCUGUAAUCCCAGCGCUUUGGGAGGCUGAGGUAGGUGGGUCACCUGAGGUCAGAAGGUUGAGACAGCUUGGCCAACAUGGUCUCUAUUAAAAAUACAAAAAUUAGCUGGACAUGGUAACACAUGUCUGUACUCCCGGCUACUGGGGAGCUGAGGGAUGAGAAUUGCUUGGGCCAGGAAGACGAAGGUUGCAGUAAGCUGAGAUUGCACUGCUGCACACCAGCCUGGGCAACAGAGCAAGAUUCCAUCUCAAAAAAAAGAAAAAAAGGCUGGGAGCAGUGGCCCAUGCCUGUAAUCCCAGCACUUUGGGAGGUUGAGGUGGGUAAAUCAAGAGGUCAGGAGAUCAAGACCAUCCUGGCCAACAUGGUGAAACCCCGUCUCUGCUAAAAAUAUAAAAAUUAGCUGGGCAUGGUGGUGUGCACCUGUAAUCCCAGCUGCUUGGGAGGCUAAGACAGGAGAAUUACCUGAACCCAGGAGUUGGAGUUUGCAGUGAGCUGAGAUCAUGCCACUGCACUCCAGCCUGGCAAAGAGUGAGACUUCCUCUCAAAAAAAAAAAAAAUUGCACUUUUGAUUUUGGUGUGAGCCCCUUGCAAAGGUUGCUUGCCCUAGGCUUAUCCUUCUCACUACCUGAGUCCCUUUGUUUGGACUCAUCUCUAUACAGCAACAGGCUGCAGGGGUUCUCUUUAACCCACCAGCAGCUGUUCAACUUGGUGCCUGGGCAGGAAACCUCAAGAUUAAAGUCUGAGAACUUGGAAGGAAUUGUCAGAUCCAACCCCUCAUUUCAGAUGAGAAGGCUGAAGACCUGUGAGAGGAAGAAACUUCUCCAGGUAAAGCACACUGGAUGAAGCUGUGCUCCACCUCCAGCCUCUAGAGAAGAAAUCACGGAUGGAGUGGCCUCCACUGUUCCGCAGUUUUGCCUCUUUGUGUGAUGGUCUUCUUCUCUGAGAGGGUUGAGAAUCCCUAUGCAGUGCUCUUUCUGGCAAGGUCAUUGUACUUAGCAGAUUUUAUGUAUAUUAUCAGGGAAAACUUGACAGUCACGGGGAGCUGCUCCUCUUCUUUUGGACUUGGGAACAACAGAACUCCACUGGGGAGGAGUUCCUGAGGAGAGGGGUGUAAGUGGGGGUGAAGGCAGUAAGACCCCGCGCUCCCAGGGGAGGAAGAGUGGGCCUUCAGUUGCAUUUAAGAGGCCUCUUGCCCCUCCCCUGCCUCAUAAGGAAUCUGAAACAGGUAAACCCCAGAGACUGACUCAAUUAGAGUCAUUUGCAUAAUAUUUUAGGGUGAUUUAGCCAUGCGAGGCCGCAUGUGGCUGAUUCAGCUAUGCUGGGCUUUGUAAUAAGAAUUGCCCUGGUUCUAACCAACAUGUCCUGUGUCUCUCUGUUCAAGGACCCCAACCCUUGCUGGGGCACUUACUGUUUGUUGAACUUUGGCCAAUCACCUUACUGUGUGCCACGGUCAUGCUAAGCACAGGAAUUUGAAGAUGAAGCCAACCUGUGGCCCCUUUGAAAGUCAGGUCUGAGGCUGGUAAGGAGCUAUCUUUUUGGUAGAGAUCACCCAAAGAUAAGCCCAUGGGUGUCCCUAGUUUGGAAAAAUAACCCCCCAAACUGGACCCAUCUUGCUGUACCUGCCUACAUGACCUAUUUUCUAGCUGCAGACAGCCAGCAUUACCUGUUCUCAACAUCUGGCAUUACCUACCGGCUUUGUCACCUUCCCUCAGGCUUCAAACAGCUAUAGGGCCCCACCUCCUAUCCAUCUAGGGCCCCUCCCUCCCCUUUUUCCUCCUGAAAGGAUCUGGAGACACCAGAUCCACAAGUCCUGGUGUCUUUAAAAGGAUCAGCCCGAGGAAUAAGGCUCAUUUGAGAGCUGUGACAUUUACCUGGCUCUAGUGAAAGUCCAACAGCCACUCCCCUUUUGGCUUCCAACUGGGCACCAUGAGGUCCUGCAUCCCCCUGGUAUUGGCCGUGCUGUGCGGCCUGGCCUGGGCUGGUAAAAUGGAAUCCUGUGCGUCUCGAUGUAAUGAGAAAUUUAACCGGGAUGCUGCCUGCCAGUGUGACUGCCGGUGUCCCCGGCAUGGGGACUGCUGUGAAGACUAUAAACACCUGUGUACUGAGGACCACAAAGAGUCAGAGCCGUUCCCACAGCCGGAGGAAGAGACAGAAGAGGCCCUCACCAGCAACCUGUACUUGGCACCCACCUCCUGCCAGGGCCGCUGCUACGAAGCCUUCGACAAGCACCACCAAUGUCACUGCAAUGCCCGCUGCCAAGAGUUUGGAAACUGCUGCAAGGAUUUUGAGAGCCUGUGCAGUGACCGCGAGGGCUUCUCCUACAGCAGUGAUGCCAUAAGCAAAGAGGAGAUUCAGAGCAUCUCUGAGAAGAUCUACAGGGCAGACACCAACAAAGCCCAGAAGGAAGAUAUCGUUCUCAACAGACAAAACCGCAUCUCCCCGUCGGAGACCAGAGACCAAGUGGAUCACUGCCCAAAGCCACUCUUCACUUACGUCAAUGAGAAGCUGUUCUCCAAGCCCACCUAUGCAGCCUUCAUCAACCUCCUCAACAACUACCAGCGGGUGACAGGCCAUGGGGAGCACUUCAAUGCCCAGCAGCUGGCUGAGCAGGAUGCCUUCCUCAGAGAGAUCAUGAAGACGGCAGUCAUGAAGGAGCUCUACAGCUUCCUCCAGCACCAAAACCGCUAUGGCUCAGAACAAGAAUUCGUUGAUGACUUGAAGAACAUGUGGUUUGGGCUCUAUUCAAGAGGCAAAGAGGAGGGGGACUCCAGUGGCUUUGAACAUGUCUUCUCAGGUGAAGUCAAAAAAGGCAAGGUUACUGGCUUCCAUAACUGGAUCCGCUUCUAUCUGCAGGAGAAGGAGGGCCUGGUUGACUAUUACAGUUACAUCCUCGAUGGGCCUUGGGAUUCUUACCCUGACGUGCUGGCAAUGCAGUUCAAUUGGGACGGCUACUAUAAAGAAGUGGGCUCCGCUUUCAUCGGCAGCAGCCCUGAGUUUGAGUUUGCACUCUACUCCUUAUGCUUCAUCGCCAGGCCAGGCAAAGUGUGCCAGCUAAGCCUGGGAGGAUAUCCCUUGGCCAUCCGGACCUACACCUGGGACAAUUCCACCUACGGGAAUGGCAAGAAGUACAUCGCCACAGCCUAUAUAGUGUCUUCCACCUAAUAGAACUUUGAGCCAGAAAGGGGCAUGAGGGCUCUUGCAAGACUAAAGUGCUAUCUUCUUUGGACUAGAGAGAAGAGGAAGAAGACUGGGAGGGACCCCCACAUCUCAAAGCAAUGAGAAGCAUCCCUAAAUCCCAAAGUGCCGCGUGGGAAAGAGAGAAAAUGUACAAAUUAGAAAAAUGUGAAGAAACAGUCGAAUCUUUGUCCUCCAGAAUUUUGGCAAUAUAGACUAAGAAACAGAGUCCAGGCAGAGAAGGUAGGAGCCCUCCAUAGCUCUUUGCCCUGAUGUGUGGGGAAACUAGGAACAAGUCCUUCGACCUCACCAGGCCUCAUGCUUCCCUUCAAUGUAACGGGAAGGGGUCUGCCCCCUUUCCUCUUUUUGCGGUUGGUGACAGGGCAAAUCCUGAUGAUAUUUUUACUGUGAAGGUGUUUUCAAUUGUUCUUAGGAAGAACAGCUGACAGAAAAUCAAGCUAUAAUGGCUGUUAUUAUACACAGCUCCAUAAAUGACAACUCAGCCCUGUGUUGGGGUCCUCAAAGAAGUAAGGCCACAGUAAUCAAGCAAGGGCCUUUGUUUUUUUCCAGAGUUAGAUCCUCUCUGAACAGAGCCUGGGAGAAUUCCAGUGUUGGAUGGAGAAGGGUAAUGUGUUGGUACAGUGAGUGGCUGCGGGUGGUGUGGUCUUCUCUAGGCCUGAGUGUAUCUAUGUCCAGCUCAGUAUCUGCAUCAACAAGUUUUCCACUUGUGUAUGUUUAGUGCAACCACAGACUUGUAUUUUGAUCCCAAAUAGUUUCUUUUUUUUUUUUUUGAAAGAGUUUUCCUCAUAGGAGAAAGAUUCAGCAUCAGAAGAAGUAACCGUAGGUAGGUGUCAUUGACAUAAUUAUUUUAGGCCAGGUGUGGUAGUUCAUGCCUGUAAUCCCAGCACUUUGUGAGGCUGAGGUGGGUGAAUCACGUGGUCAGGAGUUUGAGACCAAGCCUGGCUAAUAUGGUGAAACCCCGUCUCUACUAAAAAUACAAAAAUUAGCUGAGCAUGGUGGCGCGUGCCUGUAAUGCCAGCUACUCAGGGGGCUGAGGCAGCAGAAUCACUUAAACCUGGGAGGCAGAGGUUGCAGUGAGCGGACAUCGUGCCACUGCACUCCAGCCUGGGUGACAGAGUGAGACUCCAUCUCAAAAAAAAGUAAUAAUAAUAAUAAUUUUAAGGUUUAUCCAGCAGCUACGAUUUGAAUAACUCUAGGAGACCAGAGAGACUGGGGCUCUCUAUUUUAACCUCAAUUAUGCAUUUCUUCCCCAACCUCAUUGAGAACCAAAUGUUGUACCACAGAGCUUGGUGUGAACUAUGGUUUAGAAGGGUCAAAUUUCCAAUUAAAGUCAUUGAAGAAAACUUGAAA